AUGAGCCAGGGUUUUAGCGCCUUGGGCCUGUUUGGGCUAAAGGAGUUGGGCUCUGCCUCAGCAGCUCCUGUGCAGCGCAGCUACGGAAGGGCCCGCAAAUUCACAGACAAGCAUGAAUGGAUAUCUGUUGAAAAUGGCAUUGGAACAGUAGGAAUCAGCAAUUUUGCACAGGAAGCAUUAGGAGAUGUUGUUUACUGUAGUCUUCCAGAAAUUGGGACAAAAUUGAGUAAACACGAUGAGUUUGGAGCUUUGGAAAGUGUGAAAGCUGCUAGCGAACUCUACUCUCCCCUCACAGGAGAGGUGACUGCAAUUAAUGAUGCCCUUGCAGAUAAUCCAGGGCUCGUCAAUAAAUCCUGUUAUCAAGAUGGUUGGCUUAUCAAGAUGACUGUGGAAAACCCUGCUGAUGAACUGAUGAAUGAAGAUGCCUAUGAGAAAUACGUAAAAUCCAUUGAGGACUGAGCUGGAAUAAUGAAAUAAAUCCAUAAAAAAUA